ACAUGCCUGUGAUCUCUGGCAAUGCUGGUAGCAUAUCUAUGACAGAGAAUGACCCCAUUGUGUUAACAUGUACAGCAGACAUGGGAUAUCCUGAUGACUGGACUCUGGUUUGGUCCAAUGGAGGCUCACCAGGUCCAACUACGAGCUCGUCAGCAUCAGGUGAUCGCUACAGCUUCACCAGCACGCUGGACUACACACCAAGGAGACAGGAUAAUGGACAUAUCAUCACGUGUACAGCAAACAGAGCCCCAUGGAUUCCUGGACAAGUGGGAUCCUUGGGGCCGAUUGAUGUCAAGUUUUGUGCCAGUUCACUUACUGUGGCAGGGUCAGACGCAACAGCAGGCAGUACAGUCACCUUAAGAUGCAAUACAUCCGAGAGCAGCAACCCAGCUACCACUCUAACCUGGUCUAAGGGUAGCGUACAGCUAACCACGCCUACUGAUCAACCCAACGCUCCUGGAGAUAAUGGAGGCAGAGUGACUACAGUCAUCUACACAACUGAUGUCCUGAACAGGACUAACAACGGAGACGUGUACAAAUGCUGUGCCACGAAUCCAUCCAUCGCAUCAUGUGUUACGCCGUUGUGUGACACGCAUACUUUGAAUGUCAGAUAUCCUCCCGACUUCACCUCGUUAACGCAGACUCCGCAAACCCCUGUCACUGAAGGCAGUGAUGUAACUCUCACAUGCACUGUAGAUGCCAAUCCUAGGCCUAGUGACAUCACUUGGAAGAAGCAAGACUCAAGUGAAGCAUUCAGCUCAGUGUACGAUGAUGUCACUAGUACACUGACUCUGAGUAACAUCAGGAGGGAGCAGGCUGGGUACUACACAUGUACAGCGAAUAACGGUGUGCCUACAGAUAAUCCUGCUGAUGUGGUUUCAUCUCCAAUCACUGUUAAUGUCCAUUAUGAGGUGAACAUCACCAAUAAGGCAAUGAAUGAAGCAGGAGUCAGUAAUGGUGAUACUGCCGUCUUAACCUGCAUUGCUGUGGGCAAUACUCAGCCAGUCAUGGAGUGGUAUAGUCCAAAUAACACCAUGAUUACCAGUGACACGCACGAAGGCAAGUUCUUUGUAACCAAUGAGACAUCUGGUGGAGACAGAGUUUUGGGAUUUGAAGUCACAAGCAAGUUGACCAUCAAGGCAGUAGAUUCCCAGGUUGAUUAUGGGGUAUACACCUGCAUCAGUUCGAAUGGCAUCGGGAGAGAGGACUCACUGAAUAUCAUCCUCAAUGGAACAAGACGACCAGACAAGCCUACUAAAGCUGAGAUAACUGAGCGGACGGCAGAGACUCUUACUGUGACGUGGACACCUGGCUAUGACGGUGGUGAGACUCAGUCAUUCCGUGUCAGCUACAUCAAGACAUCAGACUCCACAGAGGUCUUCACUGAAGAGACAGAUGGGAAGACAACAUCCACAGCAACGGGUCUGGAUGACUACACAGAGUAUGAGAUCAGGGUGUAUGCCAAGAAUGCCAUCGGUGAAAGCAGUGGUUAUAGCAGCACCACGGGAUAUACACUGCCAAAAUCACCAGGCCCAGACUCAGGGAUCACUGUAGAGUUUAACAAGAAAGAUGGAACUGUGGGAGUUGGAGGGCUGAAGGGGAAUGGAUGCAUCAAGCUGGAAGUACAAUACCAAGGCAACGACACCUGGCAGGAAUGUGGAGAUUGCAUCACCUCAGAUCAGAAAGUGACGCUCUCUGAUCAUUGUGCAUCAUCACAGAAGCGAAGAAGACGAGCUGUAGGGGACAUUGAAGCCGUCCGCGCCAAACUUUGCAUUGGUGGUUUGUGCAGUGCACCAGCAGAUGUCCCAGAAGUAAAAAUUUUGCCUCCUGAACCCAUUGAGCCGGUUGACAGUACUGGUGUCAUUGUCGGUGUCAUCGUCGGAUUUGUCGUGUUAAUUGUCAUCGUUGUGCUCGGAGUCUAUGCAAAGAGAAAAUAUAGGAACCACACCAACGGUAAGAUUGACAUAUGUAUCGUCUUUAUGGUCCAAGUUCGUCCAAAACCCAAACAUCCGCAAACAGACACACAGUCACCCUAUCAAGAGAUAACAGAGUUAGAAGUAAUUAAUAAUCCAGCCAAUCAGGAACCAGGAACCGCAGCAUAUGGAAAUGUCCAGACUACCCACAAGGCCUUCCCACGUGAUCAGCUGAAGAUCAUCAAACAGCUCGGACAUGGCGCCUUUGGUCAGGUGCUUCUAGCUGAAGCAUCGGGGAUGACACAGGGGUCAAAGGUCACAUUGGUUGCUGUUAAGACACUUAAAGAGCAAGCCAACAAGAGUGAUAAAGCCGACAUGAUGAGGGAGCUAGACCUGAUGAAGAAGUUACCAGACCAUUGUAAUGUAGUCAGGCUACUUGGAUUCUGUGUAGAGAAAGACCCGCCAUACAUCAUCGUGGAAUAUCUGUCCAGAGGCAACCUGAAAGACCUUCUUAAAGACAGUCGUAGUAAGGGAGGGCGCGUCUAUGGCAACCUGCAUGGUAUGAGUAAGUCACUUACAUCCAAGGAUCUGAUGAAGUUUGCCAAGGAUGCCGCUGAUGGAAUGGCCUUCAUCUCAUCUCAACAGUGCAUUCACAGGGACCUUGCUGCCCGUAACGUGCUGGUGGCUGAGGACAUGACGUGUAGGGUGUCUGAUUUCGGACUCGCUCGUGACGUCAUGAAUAUCCGAGUGUAUGAACGGGGUUCAGAGGGUGCACUGCCCAUGCGCUGGAUGGCCCUUGAGUCCAUUUUGGAUGACGUUUACACAACAGAGAGUGACGUAUGGUCUUAUGGCGUACUGCUGUGGGAGACUGUUACUCUCGGUGCCCGUCCAUACCCUGCUAUGACAGCAAAGAUAAUGGUUGGUGAGCUUCAGGCUGGCUACCGUAUGCCCAAACCACAACACUGUCAGGAGGAAUUGUAUGAGAUGAUGUCGAGAUGUUGGGAUGAGGAUCCAGAGAGUCGACCGACAUUUAAGAUGAUCAGUAAGGAGCUGAGCAAACUCAUCAACAAAGGAAAGGAAUACAUAUCGAUCAAGGAUUUCCAAGAAACCGUUUAUGAAGUUGUGCUGACGGAAGAUGCUGGUGAAAAGUUUUAAUAGUUUAGCCAUCUGUAAAAUAAAAUAUUGCGCAAUUUUGUUUGAAUAUAAAAACGCACGUCGAUAAUUUUGGAUUGUCUUUGUAUACAUCACCAAAACCAUCCUGUGCUUCCUGGCACACGGCUCUGCAAAUCAAUCUGAUUACACGCCAAAGACUUAAAUAUGUUUCGACUUCAGUGUUGAUCCAAAUUCCAUCCUGCUGCCUAGCAGAAGAAAACAAAGAAUCAGCUGGACACAAGUAAUUGCCAUCACGUGACGUAUUAGCUUGCACCUUGUUUAGAGCAAUUAUGUGCUUAUCAACGUAAUGUCAAAUAAUGCAUUUACAUGUUUAAAAGUUUUAUGGUAUUACGAUCAUUAUUUUCAGGGUUUCUUAACUAAAUUAUGUCUGAGGAAAGUCCUGAGGUGAAACAUAUUAUGCAUUUAAAUUCCAUCUGAACAAAAGUAUAAUCAAUGCAUUAUACUCGGAUCUCUUCAAAUUCGCUUGCAAUACACUGUUAGGUUGUGCAUAUUCGUACAAAUGAAGUACUCAGAUGGCAAACUUAUAGUGUCAUUUGUGAACAAUUUAUAAACCGUUAUUUUAUUUUACAUGUACUUGUAUUAUAACUGGAAAGGUAUGUAAAGGGUUUUUGUUUUUAUUAAAAAAAAAGAUCGUAGAUUUCCAAGGAGGAAGGAGGCACCCGACUCCGCCCUCACAACUCAACAUCCCCCUUUCAUAUCAACAUUCCGUUGCUUUUAUAAAGCUAUAGGCCCUAAACCUAAAGUAUGCUGCAAUAAAACGUACCUCGCGAUACGUCAGACGAUCAGACGAUUUCCGUGGUUGAAAGGGGGUUGAAACCGUUCGCAAAAGUGCCUUUGGAUGAGCUUGACGACCAGUUAAAGAUCCAAUCACUGUCAAGCUCGGCACAAUCGAGGUGAUACAAAAGUUUAAGGUAAUAAAGGGAGGGACAGUGAACGAGAAUACUUUCGCACGGAGUUGCUAAUGAUAUUCAUUAUCGCAGAACCAUCGAACUCAUGGAUACUUGAAUUAUCAAACAGUUUUAUAACGGAAGGCGAAUGAAGGAUCUCUAGUGUAGUUUAAGUAGACGAUGACACUUAUGUCGUUUCUCAUUCGAUGUAUAUAAUAACGUCACUUCAUAAUUAAAGUAUACACACAUUAU